GACCCGGAAGCACCGCCCCCCGCGGCGGGGGGGACUCGGAGCCAUCGCGGCUGCGCGGGGACGGAGCGGCGCGUGCCGGCCGGGGCUGCCCCGGGCUGCAGCUCACUGAUAAGAUUGCACAGCUUGUGAUUCUACACUGUCGUCUGAGUUCAGCAUCAGCUGCCUUUCCUCUGCUGCAAGAUGCCAGCAGCUCUUGCAGAGAACAGCCAGGUUAUCUGUGAAGUAUGGGCCAACAACCUGGAGGAAGAGAUGAGGAAAAUUCGGGAGAUCGUUCUGAGUUACAGCUACAUUGCCAUGGACACAGAGUUUCCUGGAGUUGUUGUCAGGCUGAUCGGGGAAUUCCGCAGUUCCACAGACUACCAGUACCAGCUCCUGCGGUGUAACGUCGACCUGCUGAAAAUUAUCCAGCUGGGCCUAACUUUCACAAAUGAGAAGGGGGAAUAUCCUUCUGGCAUCAACACCUGGCAGUUUAACUUCAAAUUCAACCUCACGGAGGACAUGUACUCUCAGGAUUCCAUAGACCUCCUUGCCAGCUCUGGGCUGCAGUUCCAGAAGCACGAAGAAGAAGGGAUUGAUACCCUGCAUUUUGCUGAGUUGCUGAUGACAUCUGGGGUUGUCCUAAGUGACAGUGUGAAAUGGCUCUCCUUCCACAGUGGUUAUGAUUUUGGCUACAUGGUGAAGUUGUUGACAGAUUCCAAGUUACCAGAAGAGGAACAUGAAUUUUUCCAUAUCUUGAACCUUUUCUUCCCAUCUAUCUAUGACGUGAAGUACUUAAUGAAAAGCUGCAAAAACCUCAAGGGUGGCCUUCAGGAAGUGGCAGAUCAGCUGGAUUUGCAGCGAAUUGGACGACAACACCAGGCAGGAUCAGACUCUCUUCUCACAGGAAUGGCGUUCUUCAGAAUGAAAGAGUUGUUUUUUGAGGAUACAAUUGACGAUGCAAAGUAUUGUGGGCGACUGUAUGGCCUUGGCACGGGGGUGGCUCAGAAACAAAAUGAAGAUGUGGACUCAGCCCAAGAGAAAAUGAGCAUUUUGGCCAUUAUCAACAACAUGCAGCCGUGAUGAGCGGUGCCCCUCAGCAGAACAUGUUUACCACAUUGGCAGCUGCUGUCCUCAACCUUUUUCCCUAAUAGUGUCUCAAACAAAAGGCCUCUCCAGUCCACAGGCUGUGCAAGGCCUGCAGUGUUGCUGAAGAACUGCAUCUUCAUUUGAAACCCAGAAGAGCUGACUGAAUUCCUAAUACCAGCAUUUGUGGUUUGCCAUAUUUUUAAUACCAAGGGCAAAGGACAGAAUCUACUGUGUAUACCUCUGUUUAUUUUUUUCCUCUUUAUACUGUACAGAAUCUGCAAGGAAGAUUUAAUGGUAGAUAUUCAGUAGAGCUGAGGGUCUGGAAAUCCAGUGACAAUGGACACAGACAUGCACACAGAUUUGCAAUUUGUGCUUUAUAAAGCUUAUUUUAAAACUUCUGCAUGGUGUGAGGGUGACAGCUUCACCUCAUGUUUUGCUAAUUUUAUCUUUGUGUAGUCUGCGAAAAUUGCUCCCUUUGAUCACUGCAGAGGUUUGGGAGUGGAUGACAUUAAAAAUGAUCCUUGCAGCUAAAAUUAUUUGGAGAUUUGCUUUAACAGCCGUGGGAGUGGAUAUUAAUGGAGCUGAUUUGAUCAGAACUCCUUAGUUUCUAAUUCUGUAUGUUACAGGUUUGACCCAUUCUGAGCCUCAGCUUUUUUCUUACGGGUAUUAAGGAACUGUUCUGGAAAUAGAUUCAGAGGCCCAAAAGUUUACCUUUGGCAGGGGAUUGGACCAAUACUCUGACUUCAGUUUUCUUCAACUCAACCUACAAAUUUUAUUCUUCUCCUUGCAACACAGCUAGUUCAGCAGAUGGAUAAGUAUUUGUUCCUCUUCUCUCCCCUGCUUCUCCAGCCCCUAAUUUUACAGUUUGCUUAACAGAUAAAACAACUGGUUCUUUUCAUUAUAUACACCUGAAAAGUAGUUAGAGGAUGGAAGAACUUGGGAUUCUGACUUUGAAAAAAAUGAGCUAUUCUGCAGUACUUUUUUUUCAACAGCUCUGUAAUGACAUUUCUUAAAAAAAAAAUCCCUUUUGGACAUGUCAAACCUAAAGUUCAUAAGACUUUGGCAUUUUAAAAAGUCUUAAUCCAUUGUUAGGAGUUGAGGUUUAGAGCUGGUAUUUAAAAUGCUUGUAAAUACUAGUUUUUAUUUUUUGUAAAAUAAAUUUUUUUAAACCAGG